AUGGUCCAGAUGGAAGAAAUCACAGACCAAAUGGCCGACGCCAUGAUCGCCGAAGUCCAGCGCCGCGACGCAGAGCAAGCGGCAGCAGCACAAGCAGCUGCCGCCUCCAUCCCCGGCGCAGCAAAAGGCGCGGCCCUCCCGCCCGGCCACGCCUUGCUCAGCGGCAAGACGGCCGACGAAGUCCUGGCCGACCUGAACAAGUCCCCGCUCUUCAUGACCUCGCUCGAGGAGAACGACGACGUCGCGGCGCUGCAGGCGCUCGCGUACGAGGGGACGGCGAGGGAGAACGGAGAAGAGUUCAAGGAGCGCGGGAACGAGUGUUUCAAGGCCAAGAUGUACGCUGACGCGAAGGAGUUUUAUGGUAAAGGGAUUGAGAUCUUGGCGGUGGAGGAGAAGAGGAGGGCGAAGGGGGAGAAGACUUUUCAUACGGAGAAGGCCAAGGUUGAGGGCGAGAGCGCAGCAGGGGAGGGAGAAGAAGAAAGAGAUGUCGAGGUUGAGGACGACGAGGAGGAGAUCGCCAAGCAGAGAUCCGUCCUGGAGUCGCUGUACGUCAACCGCGCGGCGUGCCACCUCGAGCUCGGCAACUUCAGGUCGUGCUGGACGGACUGCGGCCUCGCGCUGCGGCUGAACCCGAAGAACCUGAAAGCCUACUACCGCUCCGCGCGCGCCCUGCUCAAGGUCGAGCGCAUCGCGGAAGCCGACGACGCGUGCGCGAGGGGCCUGGCGCUGGACGAGGGGAAUAAACCGCUGCAGGCCGUGGCGCGGGACAUCGUCAAGGCCGCGGAGCGCGCCGACGCCAAGACGAAGAGAGAGCAGGAGAGGAAGGCGGGGGAGAGGAGGCGGGAGAUGUUGUUGAGGGCCGCGCUCGCCGCGCGGGGGAUCAAGACGCGGACGACGGAGCAGCCGCCCGAGAUGGAGGACGCGCGGAUGAGGCUCGUGCCUGACGAGGAGGAUCCGGCGAGCAGUCUGAGUUUCCCCGCGGUGCUGCUGUACCCCCUGCAGAUGGAGAGCGAUUUCAUAAAGGCGUGGAACGAGACGGAGUGCGUGGGGGAUCAUUUGGGGUAUAUCCUGCCUCUGCCGUGGGAUCAGAAGGGGGAGUAUGCUAGCCCGGCCGGGGUGGAGUGUUACAUGGAGACGGCGGCGGGCGGGCUGGUCAAGGUUGGUAAGAAGGCUUCGCUGUUGAAGAUUUUGAGCGGCGGGAGUGUGGAGGUUGUGGAUGGGAUCGUGAGGGUGUAUGUUGUUCCUGUGGCGAGGGCCAAGGGGUGGGUUGAGGAGUUCAAGGUGAAGAAGGCUGCGGAGAAGAGGUAG